AUGAUAGUUAAUAGUCCAUCAUUUUCAAUCACAAAAGAAUUCAUCCUGAGAUUUAAUGAAACAACAAAUGCGAAAGAGGAGAAAGAACUGUUGGACAAAGUUAGAAAAUACAUUAUCAGAUGUAAGAGGAAGCUUGGUCUCAAGACCUUAGGCUGCGGACCUCACGUACACCUUCCCACUGCGUGGACUGAAGUGGUGUACCUCGCUCAGUGCAAGGGACAAGUUCAGGAAGAAGCCUUGAAUAUGCUUUAUAUAUCCUUGGACCAUGCUGCUUUUGACCGGGACCAUCUGCCUGCCUUAUUUUUUGUUGCGGAAUCAAUUUUGUAUCGACUCUGUUGUGAUGCUUUUCUAAAGUCGUACUUAUAUUCAGUUGAAAUAAAGCUGACAAAGAUUGGCUAUUUGGUCUGCUUACGGCUUUUCAUAUUUUUUCUACAUGGUCAUCUAGACAGUUUUAAACAACAUUUACUCAGACUUCAGCCAUACUUGCAAGCUCUUAGUUGCUCGGGAAAUUCGUAUAACAAGUAUACAAACAUCUUUUCAAAUAUACAAUUCAUUGUGAAAGCCAUGGAAAUUAUAUGCAGAACAGAACUUCCUGAAUCACUUUUCAACAGUGUGGAAAAUGAGAAACCAUAUAAUUCAUGUUCUAACAGGGAACAGCUCAACCUCAAUCAAAGAGGAUAUGAAAUUGACCAACUGUUUUGGCACUGUGUGGCUGCCUGGUAUUGUGUGGAGAAGGAUAGUCCGCAGUUGGAAAAGGUGCUGAAACAUCUUAUCCUUCACAAGACACAGCUUCAAAAGAAUAGCUGGUUGGACUCAGUACUGGCAUUAAUAGUCCUUGGGGAGGCUGCAAAAUUAAACAUGGCCUGCUUGAAAGCUUUCCUGGACUUAAUGAGAGAUUUUCUUCCCAGCAUUAACUCUAUUCAGAAUCAGGAAGAAAGUGGCAUGGCAGGAGACUUUUCCUGGAUAUGGAAUCUAGUCUACAUAUAUACAACAAUUCUUGCAGAAAUUUGCUUAUAUGCAGCUACUUCUAAUAUGCAAAAAACUGCUCUUAUUGGUUUCUGUGAAUGUAAAAGAUCCUCUCAGAAGAUUUUAGUCCUGGAGAAAUCAGAAGAGCCAGAAUUAAGGAAUACAAGUAUUUUAGGUCUUUUGGAUUAUUUCUCAUCAAAAAUGUCAGAUAACUGUGAUCAAGAGAUACAGAAUGGAUACUAUUGCUUAGUGUAUAAUCUAGUAAAAAUGUCGUGGGAACUCCAGGAUGCUGAGGAACACAAUGGACUUAGAAACAAAAUCUGGCAAAUAUUACAGAAAAUAAAAGAUGAAGAUAAAAGUGGGAUAGCCCAGAGAGCAAUAAAUAUAGCCAAGGCUGAGAUAAACAGUUCAAAUGACCCAUUCACAAGUUAUAAUUCAAAAGUGCCAUCAAGUGUAGGAGAUGAAAUUUUCUCUAAAUUCAUAGGAUGGAGAAUUGCCAAUACACUUUCCAAUCUGUUCUUCCCCUGUCUGGAUACCCAUACGCUUCCUUUGGAAAAGCCAGUGAUAAAACAGGAUCAAACGAAACAUCUGAAGACAAGCCAGCAGUUUCUGAAGAAAAGAAAUUUACAAUUUACUACCAGGGUCCAUUCUUCUGUAGCAGAACUCUCCUUGUGCCCAUAUCCAGAUUUCUUCACAAAAGCAGACAAAGAGUUGACACGGAUCAUUGACAAUCAUUGGCACAAAGAGCUAAAACUUCGAGAGAUAGAAGACACAAUACGCGAGGCCAAGGAACAAAGAGAUAAGGAACUUAAGGAACAAAAACACUUCAAGGAAAUUAUGAAGAAAAGAGAAGAGAAACUACACAAGAACACCAAACCCUAUGAACUUCCUCCUAGGAUUUACAUGAUUUCAUUAGAAAAGAAAAUAAUACCCUCAGAUCUUCCAGAAAUUCAUGACCUAAAAGAAACUAAGAGAACUAUGUAUUAG